AGUAGGUAUUUCUCCCUGUGCGUGACAUACGGGACAGGGACCGCUUUCAUUUGUCUUUUCUGUGUUGACUCAAACACACUUUAAAGUGUUUCUGUUUGCAUUUAAUCUGCCAAGUUGUUGUGCAAGGGGCCGCUGAUGAAUUUGGCCUGCACUCGAAAUGACGUUUAUGCAGUUUACAACUUGCAUUGAACAAUAUUCAACUCGUGUGAGUGCACACCGGUGAAGGAUUUCUCCUUUUUAAGCAUGGUAUAUGAGAUUUGAAGAGGGAACAGCUGCUGCACCUGCCUACCUGCUGUGGACACCUACCUGCUGCUCGCGCUGGGCUUCUUGUCUGAACUUAAUGCACUUAUUGAUAAUGAAAGCUGAAUAAAAAACAGCCGAGAAAGGAAGUUAAUUCAGACCAGUUUUUAUUUUUGGACUUAAGAUGGAGUUGACCGGUUGUCUGGCGCUGCUUUUACUAGUUGCGGUGUGUGUGCAGGGUGGCUUCGUGGAGCCUACUCAGCCCGUCACCUCCCUGCGCUCCCUGGCAGAAAGUCAGACUAGGCUCCCCUGUCACUACCAGGCAGAGGGGGAGGAGAAGGUGGUGCAAGUCACCUGGCACAAGGAGCUCCCGGAUGGCAGCAAGGAGCAGAUGAUCACUGCACACUUCACGGACGGCCACACAGAGUUCGGGCGUUACUCCGGCCGGGUGAAGUUUGAGAACACGAACCCCACAGAGAACUCGGCUCUGCUCAUCCCCAGCACAGAGGAGUCAGACGAGGGCAUCUACAUCUGCCAAAUCUCCAGCUUCCCCAAUGGAAACUUUGAGAGGCACAUCGCACUCACCGUUUGGCUUUCACCCAUUGCCUCCCUGGAGCCUGUGUCCCUGGUGGAAGGCCAGUCGUACCGUGUGGCCGCCUCCUGUCGAGCCGUGGGCCGCCCGCUGCCCCGUCUCUCCUGGGACACCGACCUGCCAGGCCAGUCCCAGAACCGUACAAGCGAGGGCGGGUCCGUGUCCAGCUUCUACUCCCUGCACCCCCUGCGCAGCAUGAACGGGAAAAAGCUGGACUGUUUGGUGUGGCAUCCCAGCCUGGAGCAGCCGCGCAGGAUCUCAAAUCGCCUGGUGGUUCAGUACCCCCCAGAUGCCACCAUCUCCGCCGCUACAAGAGACUGGUUUGUGGGUUUGGAGAACGCUGAGCUGGUCUGCGGCAGCGGAGGAUACCCCAAACCUCAGAACAUCACCUGGAUGUGGAGAGGAGGGGCUUUGCCAGACGGGGUGUCUGUGGUUGGAGAAAAACUUGUUUUUGGACGGGCCCUUCGCAUGAAUGACAGUGGGGUCUAUGAGUGUGUGGUCAAGAACAAUGUGGGAGUAGGAAAAACAGAGUAUAUGUUGACAAUAACGGAGGCAUCCCAACGCAAAGGUGUCUCUCCUGUUGACAACCAGCUGCUGAUCAUCAUUGGUGCUUCAGCGGGAGCUUUGGUCCUGGUCCUGGUCAUUGUCGUCCUGCUGGUGAACCGCCACCAUCGACGCAAAAACAAAAGGCUUCAGAUGGAGCUCAGCGAAAAAACGGAGGAAAUUAACAGUUUCUCCAGAAAUUCGUCCUUCAGGAGACUGGACUCUUUCAGCACAGACCCCAGAGUGCAGGCUGACAAUUACUCCCUGCUCAGAGUAAACAGCAGAAUUAGAAGCAGCCAGAUGUCUCUGGACCAACUCCCCUACAGCCACUCCACUCUGGGCAGCAAGUGGGGCCCUCCAGGAGACGUGGAUGAUCUGGGACGCCCCAUUGUCUGGCUCAAUGGUGGAGAGAAGGAAGAGCGCAAGAAGGGGGUGGAGUCAGACCUGAAGACCAGCAACAUGUCACUGGACUCAGGUCUGCCCUCUUCCCUGGUUCCCCUGAAGGCCAAGCAGGACGAUGGUGUGGGCCCCACAGACGUGGACCCCCUCAAAGAGAGAGGCUUCCAAUCUGAAGACUUUCCUCCCGCCCAGGGAGAACAGGAUGACGAAGAAAACGCCUAUCGGCUCUCGAGGGCCCUCCAAACUCACUUCUACUUAAGUGAUGGGGUCCUCAGGCCCAGGGAACACUCCAAUGCCAUCCUGCUGCAGUGCAGAGGACAGAUCAUCUAGAUCAGACUCUCAUCCCCAACAUGAGGAGAGAGAAUGCCUGUGUGAAUUCCUGUGUUGUUCCUUUUUCCUAUCAAAAUUAUUUUUGGGGGCCUCAAUUAGAUAUAGACAGUGAAGAGACAAGAGGAAAUGAGGGGAGACAGAGUGAGAUGGUGAGUGUCAUGCAGCAAAGGUCCUCAGCAAGACACGGACCAGGCACGUUACUGUUCAUAGCCACCAGGGUGCCACAUAAUUGGGAAGUGUUUGAAUAUUUUAGAAGAUCCACUGAGAGUUAGAUGGCCGGUGAGUUCUGCGUUUCACAAACCUUGUAGGCAUGUGAAUGGGGGGAAAAAAAUAAAAUAAAAUUCUCUCCUAGAAUGUGCACAGAAUAAAGGUUCCUGUUACACAAUCUU